GCCGAGGGUCGGGGGCUCGACGCGGCGCUGCGCGGGUGGCAGUCGACAGCGGGCGAGACGAGCCUGGCGUUGUCUUUCCGCGUGUUCAGGGGGGCCUCUGCUGUCGCGGCAGCGCCGGCCGCCGCGCGUUCGCCUGUCGGCGCGAUGGCCGAGCUCAAGCAUCUAACCGCGUCAACAGCUUCGCUGGCCCGCGCGGCGCGGAUGGCUCCCGGACGCGACAAUCUGAAGAAGUGCCUCGUGGAUAAUUGGAUGGAACGGCACAAGGCUGGCGAUCUCGUCCGAUCCCACAGGCUGUUGCACACCGAGCUGAAGGGCGUGUGCAGCUACGGCCUGGCCGGGCGGAAGCCCGUGCGGGCGGCCGAGCCCGACUGGGGCGCGGCGUUGGCGGACGUCGUCGGCGACGACCUGGAGGGCUUCACUGUCUACGCGUGGUGGUGCACCGGGGCCUGCGAGUAUACCCCCCACUGUUCGGCCUUCAGGCCGAUGCGCUACGUCUCGGAGGCCGCGGUCAACGG